AAUGCAUGUUUAAAUGUGCCCUAAUAAAAAUGAAGUUACUGAAUGUUUUAAGAGAUUUUAAAGAAUUGGGUUGCAAUCAGCAGAUUCAAUGUGCGACAGCAUGUCGUGUUUAUCUGGACUUGGUAUCGGAUAAAAAGUACUGUUCUGUAAGUAAAUGCUAUGAUUAUUCACGGCAAGUACUAUUUUUUAAAGCAGAAAACUUUGAUAAAAAGAAAUUCAUAAUAUUGCCAUCCUUGAUAACCCAAGAGUUGGACUUAAAUACAAUCAAUAAAUUGCAAAGUGAAGUAGAUGAAUGCAGUUUUCUUUUAGCAUUAUGUGAUACAUCUUCAAAUAUUUUAUACUAUCGACAGUCCGAAGGUAGAGCAUUAGGAGACCAUUAAUUUUUUUAUUUUUAUAUAUUUAUUGGAUUUUAUUCAUAACAUAUACAUAUUUACCUAGAACUAACAUAAUAUAAAAAAUAAAUAAAAGUAGUAAAUGUUUAUGCAUUUUUUCUAUAUCCUAAACAA